CGCCGCCCCGCCCCGCGCAGCAGCACCCUCGCGAAGCACUUGGGCAAACUUGCCUCGCCCGCAAGCCCGCCCUCGCCGGCCACGAUGUUCGCUCGGGCCGCGGCGUGAGCAGCAGCAGCAGCAGCCCCGAGGCGGCGGCGGCGGAGGAGAAGCCCGGCCGGGAGGGCGCCCCCGCCCGCUCGCCCCCUCCGCCCGUCCCCGCCUGCCUGCCUGCCUCCGCGGCCCUCCUCCUCCUCCGGGGACGGGAAGGAAACAAAAUGUCUGCCCGGGCCGCCGCCGCUGCUCCCAGCAAGAGCACAACGAUGGAAGAAACAGCUAUAUGGGAACAACACACAGUGACGCUUCACAGGGCUCCUGGGUUUGGGUUCGGCAUUGCAAUAUCAGGAGGCAGAGACAAUCCCCACUUCCAGAGUGGAGAAACGUCGAUUGUCAUAUCCGAUGUGCUCAAAGGAGGCCCGGCGGAAGGUCUGCUGCAGGAGAAUGACCGUGUCGCAAUGGUUAAUGGCGUUUCAAUGGAUAACGUGGAGCACGCGUUUGCUGUUCAGCAGCUGAGGAAAAGUGGGAAAAAUGCCAAAAUCACCAUCAGGAGAAUGAAAAAAGUUCAGAUCCCAGUAACUCGGGCAGAUCCGGAUCCGGUGUCUGAAAAUGACGAGGACAGCUAUGAAGAGGACAUUCAGGAUCCGAGGAGCUCCCGUGGCGCAACGAGUGCGGGCAGAAGGCACGAGAAGAACUGGGUGAGGGACCGAAGCGCCAGCAGAGAGAGGAGUCUGUCGCCAAGAUCAGACCGGAGAUCGGUGACUUCCAGUCAACCUGCAAAGCCAACAAAAGUCACGUUGGUGAAGUCCAGGAAGAAUGAAGAAUAUGGUUUGCGACUGGCCAGCCACAUAUUUGUGAAAGAAAUAUCCCAAGAUAGUCUGGCAGCGAGAGACGGCAAUAUUCAGGAAGGUGACGUUGUCUUGAAGAUAAACGGCACAGUCACGGAAAAUAUGUCAUUGACAGAUGCCAAGACCCUAAUAGAAAGGUCAAAGGGCAAGCUGAAGAUGGUGGUUCAAAGGGAUGAACGGGCAACUUUGCUGAACGUCCCAGAUCUUUCUGAUAGCAUUCACUCAGCCAAUGCUUCAGAAAGAGAUGACAUUUCAGAAAUUCAGUCGCUGGCAUCCGAUCAUUCCAACCGAUCCCAUGACAGGCCCCGCCGCAGUCGUUCACGAUCUCCUGACCAGAGGUCGGAGCCUUCAGACCAUUCCAGACAUUCUCCACAGCAGCCCAGCAAUGGCAGUCUCCGGAGCAGAGACGACGAGAGAAUAGCAAAGCCAGGAGCGGUCUCUGCGCCUGUGAAGAACACGGAGGACGUCCCCCUUUCAAAAUCCGUAGAAGAAUCGGUGGUGGAAAGAAACGAGAAACAAACCCCGCCACUUCCAGAGCCAAAGCCAGUCUAUGCUCAGCCAGGGCAGCCGGAUGUGGAUUUACCGGUUAGUCCGUCCGACGGCCCUCUGCCCAACUCGACCCACGAGGAUGGAAUGCUUCGGCCAAGCAUGAAGCUUGUAAAAUUCAAAAAGGGGGACAGCGUUGGCUUGCGGCUGGCUGGCGGCAAUGACGUUGGAAUAUUCGUAGCUGGCGUCCUCGAGGAUAGCCCUGCUGCUAAAGAAGGCUUGGAAGAAGGCGAUCAGAUUCUCAGGGUAAAUAAUGUCGAUUUCACAAAUAUCAUCCGUGAGGAAGCCGUGCUCUUUUUGCUUGAUCUCCCUAAAGGGGAAGAGGUAACAAUUCUGGCACAGAAGAAAAAGGAUGUUUAUCGGCGCAUUGUGGAAUCGGAUGUAGGAGAUUCUUUCUAUAUUAGAACUCAUUUUGAAUAUGAAAAAGAAUCGCCCUACGGACUUAGCUUCAACAAGGGAGAGGUGUUCCGAGUGGUGGAUACGUUAUACAAUGGCAAGCUUGGAUCCUGGUUGGCUAUUCGGAUAGGAAAGAAUCACAAAGAGGUGGAAAGAGGCAUCAUACCCAAUAAAAACAGAGCUGAGCAGCUAGCAAGUGUGCAGUACACACUUCCAAAGACCGCUGGAGGGGACCGUGCUGAUUUCUGGAGGUUCAGAGGCCUGCGCAGUUCAAAGAGAAACCUUCGAAAAAGCAGAGAGGAUCUUUCUGCUCAACCGGUGCAAACCAAGUUCCCUGCCUAUGAGAGAGUUGUCCUUCGAGAAGCUGGAUUUCUCAGGCCUGUAACCAUCUUUGGACCAAUUGCGGACGUUGCACGUGAGAAGCUGGCGAGAGAAGAACCCGAUAUCUACCAGAUUGCAAAAAGCGAACCAAGGGAUGCGGGGACAGACCAGCGUAGUUCUGGCAUUAUUCGUCUUCAUACGAUAAAACAGAUAAUUGACCGAGACAAACACGCCUUGUUGGAUGUCACUCCAAAUGCAGUGGACCGGUUGAAUUACGCACAGUGGUAUCCCAUCGUGGUGUUCCUGAACCCAGAUUCCAAGCAGGGCGUCAAGACCAUGCGAAUGAGGCUAUGUCCCGAAUCCCGGAAAAGUGCCAGAAAACUAUACGAGAGGGCCCACAAGCUGCGGAAAAACAACCAUCACCUCUUCACAGCAACUAUUAACUUGAAUUCAUUGAAUGAUGGCUGGUACGGUGCCCUCAAGGACGCAGUUCAGCAACAACAGAAUCAGUUAGUGUGGGUUUCGGAAGGAAAGGCAGAUGGCGCUACAAGCGACGACCUUGACCUCCAUGACGACCGGCUGUCCUACCUGUCGGCUCCGGGUAGCGAGUACUCCAUGUACAGCACGGACAGUCGACAUACUUCUGACUACGAGGACACGGACACAGAAGGCGGGGCCUACACAGACCAGGAGCUGGAUGAGACCCUCAACGACGAAGUGGGAACUCCUCCCGAAUCGGCCAUCACACGGUCCUCCGAACCCGUAAGAGAAGACACGUCGGGAAUCCAUCACGAGAACCCGACGUACCCUCCAUUUGCACCACAAGCUCAGCCACAACCAAAUCACAGGAUAGAGUCACCCGGGUUUAAGACGGGCACUGCUCAGCCGAAAGCAGAAGCCACACCUGCAGCCCCCUACCUUUCCCCGUCGCCAGAACCAAACCCUGCAGCUUCCUCAGCUUCCGCCGUUCGCCCCAGUGUAAGCCUCAGUAAUGUCAGACUGGAGGAGCCGGGCCUGGCUCCUUGCAACUCUUUCCAGCCACAAGCCGGCCCCCUAAGAACGCCCAGCACUGAGGCACCUCAUAUAAUGCUAAGAGACCAAGAGCCGCCGUCCUUGCCGCUGCUCAUAGACCCAGCAAAGAUGUACAGGAAGGAUCCCUACAUCCUUGAAGAGCCAUACCUCAAUGAGGAACCACCUAGGCAGAACUAUGUCUUGAAACCGCCGGCGCAUGGUCACUCAACACAAAGGCAGGACAAAGAAUCCAGUCUAACCUAUGAACCACAAGGCCAGUACACGGAGAAACAGCCCAGUAGAGAUUAUGAACCUGUGGCAUACAGGUAUGAGUCCACAAACUACGUAGACCAGUUUCCUCGUGGCUAUGACCCUCGUCUCCACUACGAGGAGCGUGUUCCUCCGUACGAUGACCACUGGGCAUAUUACGACGAGAAGCAGCCCUACCAGCCCAGACCACCUUACGAUAACCAACCUUCUAGAGACUUCGAUCCCCGGCAAAAUGCAGAAGAGAGCACAGACCGCAGAUGCUAUUUCCCAGCACAACCUCGCUUUGAAGAGCCGCCUCCCGUGGUGGCUUACGACAGCAGGCCACGCUACGAGCAUGCGUCUAAAAACGUCAGCCUGCCGCAGCCGAGAUACGAGGACCAGUCUGCCGCUGGAUAUGAGAUUCACGGUAGAUACAAAGCGGAGGCCCCCGCCUAUUCCUCGGCCGUGCCCAGGUCUCCUGAGCCGCCUAAGCAUUACUUCGAGUCACAGCCCAGAAGUUACGAUCCGGGUCUCCCGCAAGGGUUCACUGCAAAAGUUGGACAGUAUGAACCUUCUCACAAUGCCACUGGUGUACACCCUCCCCUUCUGCCACAAAGCAAACCAGAAGUUCUGCCUUCCAACAGUAAACCACUGCCUACACAACCAGCGGAAGAAGAGGAUGACCCAGCCAUGAAGCCGCAGUCUGUGCUAACGAGGGUUAAAAUGUUUGAAAACAAAAGGUCGUCGUCACUGGAAAAGAUAAAGGACUCAAACGAUGUCCCAGUAGUCAAGCAGCCUCCAGAGCUUGCGCCUAAACCUAACAUCACCCCAGUGAGUGUUCCUAAACCAGUCUCUCAAAAUCAAUACGAACACGAGAAACCAGCUUACAGGGCCCCAGAACCACAAAGACCUCAAGCGAAGCCUCCCGAGGACAUUGUCCGGGCGAACCACUACGAUCCCGAGGAGGACGAGGAAUACUAUCGCAAGCAGCUCUCCUAUUUCGACCGCCGGAGCUACGAAAACAAGCCUGCCGCGCAGGUCCCUGCCAGCCAUCACCCUGAACCUGCUAAGCCAGUCCAUCUCCACAAUCAGCUGAAUUACACCAACUACUCUUCCAAGGGGAAGUCGAUAGAUAUGGAGCCUUUGGAGAGGGGUGUGCCUGAGAAGCGCUACGAGCCACAAGUGACUCCUCCUCCUCCCCCCGUGCCCCCCGUGCAGUAUACUCAACCUCAGUCCAUUAAUAACCCAAUCGUGUCUCUCCAGCCCAAACCUACACUUCCUGAAGUCAACUCUGUGUCAGAUUUCCAGAACUCCACCGUGUCCAAACCUGACCCACCACCAUCUCAAAACAAGCCAGCAGCAUUCCGGUCUUCCAGCCGAGAAGACACCGUACAGUCCACCUUCUUCCCUCAAAAAAGCUUCCCUGAUAAAGGGCCCGUAAAUGGGACAGAACAGAUCCCCAAAACAGUCACCCCGGCUUACAACCGCUUCACAACGAAACCUUACACAAGUGCUGCCCGGCCGUUUGAGCGCAAGUUUGAAAGUCCGAAAUUCAACCACAACCUCCUGCCAGAUGAGACUCAGCCCAAACCGGAGUUGGUGUCAAAAUCACAGAAUUCUCCCCAACCAGGUUUAAAAGCACACGGCUCGUCUCAGCCUCACUCGGAGUUUGACAGCGCGAUGGAUACGUUCUCUGUACAGGCAGACAAACUCAAGUACCAACCAAAUAACAUCAGUGCGGUGCCUAAAGCCAUUCCCGUAAGUCCCUCUGCAUUGGAAGAUGACGACGAAGAGGACGGACACACUGUUGUCGCCACCGCAAGAGGCGUGUUCAACAGCAAUGGUGGUGUUCUCAGCUCUAUAGAGACUGGAGUGAGCAUAAUUAUCCCCCAAGGAGCCAUUCCAGAGGGAAUAGAGCAAGAAAUCUAUUUCAAGGUCUGCCGAGACAAUAGUAUCCUCCCACCUUUAGACAAAGAGAAAGGUGAAACGCUGCUCAGCCCUUUGGUCAUGUGUGGGCCCCAUGGACUCAAAUUCCUGAAGCCAGUGGAGCUGCGCUUACCACAUUGUGCGUCUAUGACCCCUGAUGGUUGGUCUUUUGCUCUAAAAUCCUCCGACUCCUCGUCGGGUGACCCCAAAACCUGGCAGAACAAGUCUCUUCCCGGGGACCCAAACUAUCUUGUUGGAGCAAACUGUGUCUCGGUUCUAAUAGAUCACUUCUAACCCUUAACGGUAGUAGACUGACUUAAGUGUGAAAUCAAGAUUUUUUUUUAAAAAAAAAAAAGACCUUACCCAGAAAUGGAACCACUCGUAUCAAGUAUUAACAGUUCUCUUAGUGUUCCAGCAACCUUUGCUUUGACUAACAAUGGAUAGUGAGUACAUUCUUGAACCAUGGUCAGGGUACUUGCCAUUAAGUGGCAGGGCAGGGCGCCCCAGGACCAAGGCGAGGCUCUCGCAAGUUCCCUCUGGCUUUCCUUAACACGGACGUGGCGGAUUACACCAUCACUUAAAUCUCUCUGACUACCAAUGAAGCAAUGCAAUUUGUUAUUUUCAAAGGAACUGACAUUUGGUUCGUGAUCCACUGCUGAAAUUUGGCCUUUUUCUUACAAAAUCUUUUCUAUAUGUGAAAAAAAAAAAACACACAUUUGCGUGUUUCAGAAUAUGCAAAGACUAAUAUUACGGUCACCAGGUUGGUGUUUUUUUUUUUUUUUAACUGCCAUUUUUUUGGUGCAUUUUGCCCAUGAAGUGGAAAUCAACUUUUUGGCUAGCACAAUAUAGGGGUUUUUUUCCUCCUUCCCCCCUGUGCUAAAAGGGGUGAGUUACAUGCACGUCUGCUUUAAUUGUACAUGGAAAACACAACUUUGGGUUGGGGGGUGUCAUAGGGAGAGAGAGCACGCAUGUGGUAUGACGAUGGUUCAUUUGCCUCUGUCAGCCUGUAAAUUAACAACAUCUAAAAAAAACAUAUUAACUAGCAGGGAUGCCUUACCCUUUAUGUUUUUACCUGUCUUCACUGUCAUCUUAGUUCUCUGUACUACUAAAUUUGUAUGGCUUCUGUGCUUACUUAGAUAGAAACAUCUUGAGACAGACUGAGAAACUGAUUCAAUUUGUGAACAUGCUGAUCUAGAGAGAGAGGGAAAAAAAAACACUUACUCUUGUUUUUGCAUUGAUCAACCAGAGAAGACCCCGAAGAACAUGAUGGUAUGUUUUCUGCUAUGCAUUUUGGAAAUUUAUAGAUGUUCUAGAUUGCUUGUAUAUAACUCGUGCAUACCACUUUUUUUUGUUCUUGGUUUGUAAAUUAACUUUUAUAAGCUUUACCUUUUUAUAUAUAUAAAUAUAUAAAAAAAUACGGAACAGUUUUCUUAAUAUCUUUGUAUUCUCAUACCUUUUUGAGCCUUGAACUUUGACAUCUUGCAGCAAUAACGCAGCAUUUCUACCAUGUGUGGAAAAAGGACUUUUUUAAAAAAUAAAAAAUGCACAAAGUUGUUACCCUUUUAAGUGCUGCAUUUAAAGACUAACUCGGAAUUCUCUAGUUUGAUUACAUUCUUGAAAAAAAAUAAAAAGUAUCCCUACUGUAAUUUGUGAUAAGGAUGCUGUAUUAUGUGCCCUGAAAUGUAUUUUUUUACUAAUAGACAAUUUAUUACGGCACAUCGGCAGUAUUUCUGUUUAGGUAAUUAUACCACUGCAUUCUGUUAAUCAGUUAUUUAGCUAUUCAGGUGUGGCUGAUUUUUUUUUCUUUGCCGUUAUUAAAAAUUACACAUUUCUAACUAUACAGAAUAAAAUUGUUUUUAAAAUA